AUGUCGGCCUACCCGGUUACCUACAAUGGUACCAUCGCCUCCGGUGGUGACUCGUUGACCGAGGAUCUGAACAUCUACUACGAUGCCGGUGAUAUUGCUUGGGUUAUCACCUCGUCCGCGUUGGUCUUGCUUAUGAUUCCAGGUGUUGGAUUCUUCUACUCCGGUCUUGCACGACGAAAGUCGGCCCUUUCUUUGAUAUGGCUGUCUGUUAUGUCGGUCGGUGUGGUGUCGUUCCAAUGGUUCUUCUGGGGUUACUCGCUAUCCUUCUCGCACACCGCCGGAAAAUUCAUUGGUGACUUGGAGAACAUUGGAUUGAGAAAUGUCCUGGCUGCCCCAUCGGUGGGAGGUACUCAUGUUCCCGAUAUCUUGUUUUGUAUUUUCCAGGGCAUGUUCGCUGCUAUUACUGUUGCCCUCGCUGCUGGUGCCAUCGCUGAGCGCGGUCGCAUGCUCCCCUGUAUCAUCUUCAUGUUCGUCUGGUCGACCAUCAUUUACGACCCUAUUGCUUGCUGGACAUGGAACUCUUCGGGUUGGGUUUACAAGCUGGGUGGAUUGGACUUUGCUGGUGGUACUCCCGUCCACAUUUCCUCGGGUUGUGCUGCUCUCGCAUAUUCCCUGAUGCUGGGCAAGCGUCGUGGCCACGGUACUCACGAGCUCAACUACCGUCCUCACAACGUUACCCACGUCGUUAUCGGCACUGUCUUCCUCUGGGUUGGUUGGUUCGGCUUCAAUGCCGGUUCCGCCCUGGCUGCUAACCUGCGUGCCGUUAUGGCUGCUGUCGUCACUAACCUGGCUGCCUCCGUCGGUGGUGUGACCUGGUGUCUCCUGGAUUACCGUCUUGAGCGCAAGUGGUCCACGGUCGGCUUCUGCUCCGGUGUCAUCGCCGGUCUGGUCGCUAUUACUCCCGGCUCUGGUUUCGUUACCCCCUGGGCCGCUUUCAUCUUCGGUGUUGUUGGUGCUGUCGCUUGCAACUAUGCCACUAAGUUGAAGUUCCUGCUGCGCGUUGAUGAUGCUCUGGACAUCUUCGCCGUCCACGGCAUUGGUGGUCUCGUCGGCAACCUGCUGACUGGUCUAUUCGCUGCCGAUUACAUUGCUCACCUGGACGGAAGCACCGACAUCCCCGGUGGCUGGAUCAACCACAACUACAUUCAGCUUGGUUAUCAGCUUGCGGAUUCCAUGUCUGGUGCUGCCUACUCUUUCUUCGGAACCUGCAUCAUCCUCUUCGUUCUCAACCUCAUUCCCGGCUGCAGCCUUCGUGCUCCUGAGGAGGAUGAGAUUAUGGGUAUCGAUGACGCCGAGAUUGGCGAGUUUGCCUACGACUAUGUCGAGGUUACUCGUGACAUUGUCAAUGGUGUCGAGACCCUCGAGACUGGCUCCAAGCGGACCAUGACACCAACCGGCGAGAAUGCCGCCACCAUUGACACCAAGGCCUAA